AUGAUCUCAUCAUCAGUUAUGGGUUCUGUGCAAUUCUCCUCCUCGCUGAUUGUCAAGAAAGUGGAAAUGGUUUCUUCUGUAUCUCCACGGUUGCGUAGAAGACUCAGUGGGAGAUCGUCUUCCACGUCGAAGCCAUCGUUUUCUUCUCAUCCAUCUUCUGUUGCAUUGAAUUGUUCAGGCCAUAGAGGCUUCCUAGAUUUUUUGAGGAGAGACGACGAUACG